AUGUAUAAGCCCCCCUCGUACACAAGGACGAAACGAAGAGAUUUUAUUCCAUACUUUGUUGGAUUUGUAGUAUUUUUAUAUUGCUCCGUUCAUCUUGUGUCGUUUACAGCCAAAAGCGCAGAGGACACGCACAGGAGCAGAGUGCGCAGAGCUUUGGAGAAUGAGACCGAGUGCACCUUCCCUCAGUCCUCAGAGUUUCCUGACGGGUUCUUCACGGUUCAGGAGAGGAAAGAUGGAGGUCUGGUCAUUUACUUCAUGAUCAUCUUCUACAUGCUGCUGGCCGUGUCCAUAGUGUGCGACGACUACUUCCUCCCCUCACUGGAAGUCAUCAGUGAACGUUUGGGACUGUCCCAGGAUGUAGCAGGAGCCACUUUUAUGGCGGCCGGCAGCUCUGCACCUGAACUGGUCACUGCAUUUUUGGGUGUUUUUGUGACAAAGGGAGACAUUGGAGUGAGCACAAUCGUGGGCUCUGCCGUUUACAACCUCCUAGGCAUCUGCGCGGCCUGUGGACUCCUCGCCUCUAUGGCCGGUCGUCUUAGCUGCUGGCCCCUGUUCAGAGACUGCCUGGCCUACGGCAUCAGUGUAUCUGCUGUUAUCGCCAUCAUUUCUGACAACAAAGUUUACUGGUACGACGCAGCCUCUCUCUUACUGGUCUAUGCACUGUACAUCGUGGUGCUUUGCUUCGACUUGCGCAUCAGUGAGUUUGUGCUGCGGAGGCUGAGCCCGUGCUGCUGGUGUCUGGGACGACGGUCUGAGGAGAAGAACGAGACCCAGACUCUGAUUGGCUGGAACCAUGACUCCAGCCUCAGGGUCCACCGUCGCUCCAGGACAGACAGUGGGAUAUUCCAGGACAGCUCUGCGUACUCUCACCUGUCCCUCAGCCUGCACGGACUCAACGAGAUACCAGAGGAGCAUAAGAGUGUGUUUGCCGUGCCGGAGAAUGACUUGAAGCGUGUCGUUUGGGUGCUGUCUCUGCCCAUCAUCACGCUGCUGUACCUCACCAUCCCGGACUGUAGGAGGCGCUUUUGGAAACAGUGGUUCAUGUUCACCUUCUUCAUGUCCGCUGUGUGGAUCUCGGGCUUUACCUAUGUCCUGGUCUGGAUGGUCACUGUCGUAGGAGAGACUCUGGGUAUUCCUGACACAGUGAUGGGGCUGACGCUGCUCGCUGCUGGUACAAGUAUCCCAGACACAGUGGCCAGUGUCAUGGUGGCCCGAGAAGGUAAAGCUGAUAUGGCCAUGUCCAACAUCGUGGGCUCAAAUGUGUUCGACAUGCUGUGCCUUGGUCUGCCCUGGUUCAUUAAAACUGCCUUCGUGGACACCAGCUCCCCCGUGGAAGUCAACAGCACUGGUUUGGUCUUCAUCGCCUCCACGCUCCUCCUCUCCAUCGUCUUCCUCUUCGUGGCCGUCCAUAUAAACAAAUGGAGACUGGACUGGAAGCUUGGCCUGGUUUCUCUGUUCUGUUACAUAGUAUUUGCAACUUUGUCCAUUUUGUACGAGCUUGGCAUUAUUGGGAAUAAUCCUGUAAGACUAUGCAGUGACUGA